AUGUCUAACGACGCGGACUUUAUCUAUGUCGACGAAGCUCAAGGCUCCGACGACACUGGUCUGGGAACGAAAGAGCAUGCAUACAAGACCGCGGUUUUUGCAAUUCAAAAACAUGGCGAGAAUAUCAAAAUUCAGCUUCGAAAAACUUCAGAAGAAGAGUAUAAAGAUAUAUCAGGGGCUGCUUUCAAAAAAGCCAAAAACCAUGUUUUAGAGUCUAAAAAAAUCGUCUUGACACAGGAUUCGACGCUUCCCGAGGCUAAAAAGAUCAAGAUCCGUGAAAGUAUUAAUAGACGUGAUACACGUGUUAAAAUCUCUGGAUGGGUUCAUCGUAUUCGUAUACAAGGCAAAGAUAUGAUGUUUAUUGUGUUGCGUGACGGAAGUGGAUAUAUACAAUGUUAUUUGCAUGGUGUUUUGUGCCAUACGUAUGAUGCGAUAACAUUAACCCUCGAAUCCACCAUCACUGUCUAUGGUAUAAUUUCUGAAUUACCAGAAGGAAAACAAGCGCCAGAUAAUCAUGAACUUCGCGUUGAUUAUUGGGAAUUAGUUCAUAAAGCACCGGGAGGUGACGAAGCAUUCACCAAUCAAAUUACCACCGAAACUGAUCCUUCCGUGUUACUCGAUAGAAGGCACUUGGUCAUUCGCGGAGAAAAAGCCUCGGCAGUUUUGCGAGUUCGUUCUGCGGUCUUGCGAGCUUUCCGGGAUCAUUUUUAUUCGAAAGGAUACGCAGAAGUAACUCCGCCACAUAUGGUCCAGACUCAAGUAGAAGGUGGCUCUACUCUUUUUGAAUUAGCUUAUUAUCACGAGAAGGCUUACCUUACACAAUCAAGUCAACUUUAUCUUGAAACAUGCCUUCCAUCUCUAGGGGAUGUGUUUGCUAUUGCGGAGUCUUUUCGUGCAGAGAAAAGUCACACUCGGCGUCAUUUAUCAGAGUAUUCACAUCUAGAAGCCGAAAUGGCAUUUAUAACUUUCGAUGACCUGCUAGACUGUUUAGAAGAUCUGAUUUGCGACACCAUCGAUCGCGUACUAUCAGACAAAUCAAUAGCCGAUCUCAUAUAUUCUUUAAACAAGGACUUUAAGAAACCCGAACGACCUUUUCUCCGUCUCGACUACAAAGACGCGAUUCAAUAUUUGAAAGACAAUGACAUUAAAAAACCAGAUGGAACAUUCUACGAGUUUGGCGAAGAUAUUCCGGAAGCGCCCGAGCGUGUAAUGACUGAUAAACUUAAUCGGCCUAUUUUCUUGUGCCGGUUUCCGGCGGAGAUUAAGGCGUUCUAUAUGAAAAGGUGUAAAGAUGAUCCGAGGGUUACUGAGAGUGUGGAUGUGUUAAUGCCGAAUGUUGGAGAAAUUGUAGGCGGGAGUAUGAGGAUUACAGAUUUGGAUGAGCUUCUUCGCGGUUAUCAACGUGAAGGAAUUGAUCCUGCUCCGUAUUACUGGUAUACAGAUCAACGUAAAUACGGUACCACUGAGCAUGGUGGAUAUGGAUUAGGCGUUGAACGAUUUUUAGCAUGGAUGUUAGAUCGUCAUACCGUCAGAGAUUGUUGUCUUUACCCCCGAUUUACAGAAAGAUGCAAGCCCUAA